AUGGCAGAACACCAAGCCGCCUUUCGCAAUGUUCCUCCAGAGGUCUUAGUCAAGGUAUCCAGUUUCCUGCCCGCUGCAGACCGCAAGAGGCUUCGGCUCGUGAGCCGGCAGAUGAGUGCUUUGGUGGCCAGGCAGUGCUUUGCUCGUCACACGACCGUCCUGGCAUCUUUCGCCCUGGAACGAACCGAGGAGCUCAUUAAGCACGACCGCCUGGGAGGUCUCGUCAAACACCUUCGAAUAGUGGCCGAGUCCGCUCCUGGCCAAUCCGCCGAGCAUACGAAUGAGUGCCUUUGGAACUCCGCGACCGGUAAGUCCGAGGCCCGGGAAGCGCAGUUUGCCCUCGAUCCGGUCGUGUCCCUCGGAGAGGAAAAUCUUGUGCAACGACUUUCCACGAUCCUGUCCUGGGGCGGCAGGAGGUGUCUGAGGACACUGGAGCUACAUGCGAGGUUCAUCAAAGAUUCACAGGCUCCUUCGAGCCCGAUCGCCUGUCGCAGUGCACAGAUAGACCAUCAGCGGCUAUGGGCUCGCGCGUCGCAGCUUUACCGACUAACGAUGACUGCUCUGGCACGCAGCGGCGUGGCCAUUCCCGACCUGCGCAUCUACAGCAACACAGCUGGCUUCUGCGUGCCGUCAUACGACAUCACAAUCGCACCGCCUCGCCACAUCGAUGCCGAUAUGGCCCAAUACGGAGCCGCGGUCGAGAACUGCGCUUUGAAGUUCGCUACGCGAGUUGACCAUGGCUGGGAACGUUUGAAUAUGGUGUAUGGAGCAGACGCUGCGGCAACAGAACGGCGACGGCAACGUCGCCACUGGCUUCAGAUCGACGACGAGGUGGAAUGGCGCUGGAUGGCAGGCGUAGCAUUCGACGACGAUGGAGACGCCAACCGCUUUGACGUGGAUGGCAGCGACUGCGACUCCGACGAUGACGUUGACGAGUCUAUAGAAGACAACAAGGGCUCCGAGAUUCCGGGCCGAUACGGCGACACAAUGCCUCAGGCCAUUUGCGAGGACAACUAUUCGGGCGUCGCCAGAUUUCUGAAGCACAUGCCCAAUCUCCGGUCGCUCGAGCUACACAUGUUCCAGACGCUCGAGUACGAGGAAAUAGACGGAUUAUCCAGGUUGAACAUGUACGGGAGAGUCUUCAGAAAUAUGGUGCGGCAAACGUUACAGUUCAACAAGUUGCGACGCUUGACCCUACGGGGCAUUUGCCUCACGGGCAGCAUUCUCAUCACGUUCAUGGAGCGUCAUAGGCAGAUCGAGAGUCUCGAGCUGCACCAUGCUAUUCUCUGUAACAAGGACCCCUACGACCGACAUUGGAAGACCGUGCUCCGAACGAUUGCCCGGAAGUGCGCACGAGAGAAGCCCGGCGGCUUGCUGGCCAGGAUGUUCUGUUCAGAUCUCUGCGAUGUUCCCCGCUCCGGCCGGGCGACUGCAAAUUACGGGUCGCGCAAUGCCGAGAACCUGCGCGGCACCGACGAGUUGCUCAGGCAGGAAUGGAUAGACUGGGGGUGGUGCACUUUUACCAAAGGCGCUCCGAAGAACAGUCCAACCAUCCUGCACAGUUUCGCCAUCCUGCACACGCGCGAGUUUAACAGGCAAGACAUGGAGAAGGACGACAUAUUUGAGAUCGAGACGGAGCCAGGUCGCGAUCCACCUUCCAAUACCGCGUUCAUCUGCUUUGACAACGACGACGAUGAAUACUUGUCUCUGCGCCAGGCCAUGUACGGGACGACGUACGGUUGA